AUGACCAAGACGGCGAGCGCAAAGCGCAAACGCGCCGAGAGAGAGGCCCUCAAGGCAGCCGAGUCCAACAAGCGCGCCAAAUCCUCCCACAAUGCCUCGGCCGACGGCAGCAUCACCCCGGACUCGAACGAUGUCGCCGAUGCCACCCAUAGUGGAAGCGGUACCAGGCUGCCUAAGAUUCUGUUGGAGAAGACGCUUUUUGUCGAGAAUUCGACCGGCAAGGACCGCGUUCGCGAGGCGAAGCUGUACGACCUCCUCAGCAGCGAGAAUGAGACGGACCGCCUCGAGGCCGCUGGCGCCAUAAUCUCUAGUCUGCUCGAUGGUGAGGGCGUGACGGAGGCAGUUCUGACAAGACAUCUCGACUGGCGACUGUUCCGUGGUCUUGCCAGCGGAAGAGCGGCGUCGAGGUUGGGGUACAGCGUCGUCUUGACCGAGAUUCUGAGCCAGCUUCUCGGCCCGCCGAGAAACUUGUGCCGUGAAAAGUAUCCCGGCCUGACUUUUGAUAAGGUCUUGGAGAUGUUGAUGGAGAGGACGCGUUUCGGAGGAAACAUUUCGGGCCAGGAGGAGCGAGACCUGUACUUCGGACAGCUUUUCGGACUUGAAUGCUUCGUGCGCGCGAGGGUCUUGUUCCUCGACGAGGAGGGCCCCGACAGAUGGAACGAGAUUCUCAGACUGCUUGUGAAGUUGGGCGGCAAGAAGAUCUGGCUGCGGCCGCAAUGCGGAUGGGUCGUUGCGCAGGCUUUGGCGCAGCUGGAUCGCCCCCGCGUCGAGAUGGUCCUGCAGCAGCUUGUUGAGCUCGGCUGGGCCAAGACCCCCGAAGGUGUGGGCAUCUGGCUCGUCGCAUUCGAGCAGUGCCCCGAACUGACCAUCGGCGACAAGGCGAAGCACCAUCAUCCCCUCUCUUCGAGGAACCUGGGUGAGCUGGCGGGUAUCCUGAAGGAGAGCGGGCAGGAUGAUGUUGAGAAGCAGCAACAGCAACAGCAGCAGUCGAGGAGGGGUGGCUAUGUCAAGAACAAGCAGGCCAACUGGACGCCGCAGCUUCAUUUUGUAUGGGACCUAAUUGUGCGACACUUCCUGCGCAGGGGUCCUGCACAUGUUGACGGGUUUCGAUCCUUCUGGAAGCGAGUUGUCGAUGACAACUUCUUCGCCAAGACCGCCACUGAGGGACAGAAGUUCAGGGGCUUUUUGGUCUUCCAGAAGAUGCUUCAGAGCUACGCCGAUAUCGACGACCUCCUCGACGUCCUCUUCAGCAGAAACCUGAUGACCUGUCUCAUCAAUCAGGCAUCUCAAGAAGAUCGCUUCCUCCACCGUGCAGCUUUGAAGACAUUGAAAGUCAUCGAGGAGACUUCUGCGGCGCAUCCUGAGGCUACCGGCAUCAUUCUCGACAACUUGAUUAACAACAACGGACUGUAUCGAUUUGAUGUGAUGACUAAGAGCAAGACAGUUGACAAAAUUCUUCAGCAUGUGAAGGCCGAGACCGGCGAGGAUGUCAUCCAGGUUCUUAGCGGACCUGUAAUGAAGACUUCCACUACGUCGAAGGAUAUUAACACGGUCAAGCUCGAUCUUCGCGUCUACAUCGAAUACAUAUUCCGCCUGACCACCUCGGCACCAGAACCCGCUCUGCAGGAGCUGACCUCGCUCGCAUAUGCUAAGCCCAUUUGGAUCCCGGAGAACGCGAACUCGCUAGUGACGGAGCUGAGCAGAAGCCGUCUUCAGUCGGCCUUUGCGAAGCUGUCGCGAAAGGCAGAGGAUUCCAACUACCUUUGCACAGCAGUGCAGUCAAUCAACCCAGACUACAUUCGCAUGGAAGGCGAGAUGAAGAAGGAGGUUCACUCAGCGCGGAAGCGGUUGGAGAAGCUCAUGAAGCAGAGUGCUUCCGCGAGCGAGAGCUCGACGGAUGAGGUCAAGAUCUCACAGGGCCUGGCGCUGCUUCACGCGAUUGCCAUCUUCCAGCUGUACAACGAGGAGCCGGAUGCGUUCCAGCUUCUGAGCGAUCUCAAGGAGUACCAGACUCGUCUGCAGACGGACGAGGAAGGCGCUGCAGAAUUCUUGGUCGAGAUCUUGCUUUCCCUUGUUUCUCAGCAGUCGUCGCUUUUGCGUGAGAUCUCGCAGCGGGUGUUUGGCUACUUCACUAGCCGGGUGUCUCCCAAGGCACUGGAGCUGUUGUUGGAUGUCCUCUCGGCCGACGAGAGCGCCAAGGGACAGCAGUCGCUAUUCGACGUCGACGCCGAUGAUAUGGAUGUCGAGGAUAUGGAGGAGGACGAAGACGAAGACGAUUCCGACGAUGAGGCUGGUUCUGACGCCGAGGUGGAUUCCAAUGUCGAGUUCGAUGCUCUCGACGCCAGUGACGAUGAGGAAGGCGAGGAGAAUAAUGAAGACGAGGAAUCCGGAUCGGACGAAGAGGCAGACGACGAAGAAGCACAGAACCUCGCAGACCUUGAUGACGCGCUCGGUAAGAUCCUCAACAGCCACCGCCUCGACAAGGACGAAGAUGCCGAGUCCUCGGACAACGACUCGGACAUGAGCGACGGAGACAUGCUGGAGCUGGACGGCAAGCUGGCCGAGGUCUUCAAGCAGCGCCAAAAGGCGGCGCCGAGCAAGAAGAAGGAGCGCAAGGCCGCCAAGGAGUCCGUCGUCAACUUCAAGCGGCGCGUGCUGGACCUGCUCGAGAUCUUCGUGCGAAACGAGGCGGGCAGCCCGACGACGCUGGCGAUCUUGCAGCCACUGCUGCAGCUCGUCCGCACGUCGACGAUCAAGACGCUCACUGAUCGGGCUUUUGAGCUGAUCAAGGACUACCAGAAGCGCGCGCGUAAGGCUAGAUCUGGUAGCAGUGGCGGCAAGACGGAUGACAAGGUCGACCUGGAGGAGGCGGUUGAGGUCCUGAAGGGCAUUUAUGCCGAGCUCAAGGCCGGCGAGACAAAGUCUCACGCCAAGGCCGCGGUGCCUGCCUGCUUGAUCGCUGCUUCUAGCGUGUUCCACGCCGGCAAGGGUGACCGGGCUGCCGUCGAUGCCGUUGUUGGGGAUGUGGAGGGGGCAUCAGCGACGCAGCUGGAGAUGAAGAAGGCCUGGGAUGAGUGGUGCAGGAAUCAGGUGGUUUUGAAGAAGAAGGCGGCUGCUGGUGCUGGACAGAGUAAAUAG